GGAGGAUUAUUAGAGCUUUAAUUUAAGAAGUUCUUUAAUUUUUGGAGUAAAUGACCCGAUAUUUACAAGUUUGGCACUUUGCUCGUUGAUAUUCAGAAGUUUGCUUUUCCGACGUCUGAUUUCCCCGGCGAAACCAUUGCGCCGUCGAUUCUCUCCUCACCGGCGUUUUCCCCAUUGGACUGCAAAUGGAGGCGCCGCCAUUCUCCGCCGCAGGUAGUUAUCGUGCUCUUCUCCCUCGUCCUCUCCCUCGUUGCUGUGCAGCUGGGUAUCCGAGAAAACCCUACUUUGAGCGCAGGAGCUCUCUCUUUGUUCGCGCCUUCUCCGAGGACUCUACUGUCACUCUUCUCGACUACGGCGCGGGAAAUGUUCGAAGCGUGCGGAACGCCAUCCGGCAUCUGGGCUUUGACGUCAAAGACGUUCAAAAGCCAGAGGACAUUCUUAAUGCAAAUCGUCUUGUUUUUCCUGGGGUUGGGGCCUUUGCAUCUGCAAUGCAUGUAUUACAUGACAAUGGGUUUGCCGAAGCACUCUGUAAGUACAUAGAGAAAGAUCGUCCUUUUCUUGGCGUAUGUCUUGGUCUUCAGCUGCUUUUUGAAUCGAGUGAGGAGAAUGGUCCAGUAAAAGGACUUGGCUUGAUACCUGGUGUGGUUGGACGUUUUGACUCUUCGAACGGCCUUAGAGUACCACACAUAGGAUGGAAUGAAGUGCAGAUAACUAAGGAGUCAGGAAUUCUGCAUGAUUUUGAAGGCCAACAUAUUUACUUUGUUCACUCCUAUCGUGCUUUGCCUUCAGAUGCCAACAAGGAUUGGAUAUCAUCAACAUGCAAUUAUGGCGAUACUUUUAUUGCUUCUAUAUCAAGGGGAAACAUACAUGCUGUCCAAUUUCACCCUGAAAAGAGUGGAGAGGUAGGAUUAGCAUUAUUGAGGAACUUUCUUUGUCCAUCAACUAAAUCAAAGUUAAAGAAGCUAGAAAAUGGAAAGGCAUCUAGUCUUGCUAAAAGAGUAAUAGCGUGUCUUGAUGUCAGGGCAGAUGAUAAAGGCAAUCUUGUGGUAACUAAAGGUGAUCAAUAUGAUGUACGGGAGCAUACGGAUGAAAAUGAGGUAAGAAACCUUGGUAAACCAGUGGACCUGGCAAGUCAAUACUAUAGUGAUGGAGCUGAUGAGGUUACUUUCCUUAACAUAACAGGAUUUCGUGAUUUUCCUUUGGGAGAUUUGCCAAUGCUUCAGGUACUGCGCAACACAUCAGAAAACGUUUUUGUACCACUGGCAGUUGGUGGUGGUAUAAGGGACUUCACAGAUGCUAAUGGAAGGUACUAUUCAAGUUUGGAAGUAGCAGCGGAAUACUUCAGAUCAGGUGCAGAUAAAAUUUCAAUUGGAAGUGAUGCAGUUUACGCUGCAGAGAGCUAUUUAAAAACUGGAGUAAAGACGGGAAAAAGCAGUAUAGAGCAGAUUUCUGCGGUAUAUGGCAAUCAGGCUGUGGUGGUAAGUAUAGAUCCUCGUAGAAUAUACAUCAAGACUCCUGAAGAAGUUGAAUUUAAAACUGUAAAGCUUAGGAAUCCAGGCCCAGAUGGAGAACAUUAUGCGUGGUAUCAAUGCACGGUUAAUGGCGGACGCGAGGGACGACCCAUUGGAGCUUAUGAGGUUGCAAAAGCUGUGGAAGAACUUGGAGCUGGAGAAAUAUUACUCAAUUGCAUUGACUGUGAUGGCCAAGGAGAAGGUUUUGACAUAGAGCUGAUCAAAUUGAUUAGUGAUGCUGUUAGUAUUCCUGUAAUUGCAAGCAGUGGAGCUGGUGCUGUUCAGCACUUCUCUGAAGUGUUUCAGAAGACAAGUGCUUCAGGUGCACUCGCAGCCGGCAUUUUUCAUCGCAGAGAGGUGCUGAUUUUAUCUGUCAAAAAGCAUUUGCUAGAGAAAGGAAUAGAAGUCCGGUUGUAAUGUUUUGGAUGCAGCACAGCGUUUAACUUUUUAGGACAAGGGGUUUCAUAUUUUGCCUCCUAUUGUUAUAAAAGUGAUUUUCGCAUCAUUGAAUUCUUUUUUAUUGUGUUGACAAAUUACUAAGGGUAUGUUUGGGGUAGCUGAUGCUUUUUGAAGAAGUGGUUGUGAAGCUGCCUUAUAAGAAAACUGCUGUCAGAAAGCUGUUGAUGGUGUAACAUGUUGGAAAUUGUUGUUAGAAAGAUGUUGAUGGUGUCGCAGUUUGUCUUUUUAGAUUUGCUAUGUUACAGUUAUUUUUGAAAA